CAUUCAGUCUGGCUUUGACUCAACGCUUAAUUGUUGACUUUUGUCCUCUGUUAGAUCGGUCGAUGGGGUUCUGUCGACAUUUGAAUUGUGUCACGGGUUGUUUUUUUAGUAGUUUCGUCGGAUGAUUUUAGUCCUGGUUGCCACAUGAAAACAGUUAAUCGACGAGAGACAUCAUUUCCACGGUGCUGCACAGAGGAGAGGCAGGCUGUAUUUCACCGUAGGUUUCUCUGGACAGCUGAGUCCUCUCAGAGAUGCUGAACCAAAACACACCAAUUGACAAGGACUUCCAAGCACCAGAUUAAAAAGCCGUCUCUUUGUAUUUGUCGACCUCUGUCUUCAAACAUUCAAAGUCUAGUGUCAAAAGAACAUGGCGUUUUUAAUGAAAAAGAAGAAGUUCAAGUUUCAGACACACUUCACUCUGGAAGAGCUCACGGCUGUGCCGUUUGUCAAUGGGAUGCUCUUCUGCAAAAUCAGAUUGUUGGACGGAGGAGACUUUUCCAUUUCUUCAUCCAGACAAGAGGUACAGGAGAACUGUGUUCGCUGGCGAAAGAAGUUCUCCUUUGUGUGUAAGAUGAGUGCCAGUCCUAAUAUGGGGGUCCUGGACCCCUGCAUUUGCCGAGUGUCUGUGCGUAAGGAGCUUAAAGGUGGAAAGACAUUUUCAAAGCUGGGCUUUGCUGACCUCAACUUGGCGGAGUUUGCUGGUUCAGGCUCCACUGUUCGCUGCUGUAUACUGGAGGGCUACGACACCAAGAACACUCGACAGGACAACUCCAUACUCAAGGUUACCAUUGAUAUGACUCUUCUCUCUGGAGAUCCCUGCUUUAAAACGCCUGUGAGCACAGCUAAGACCAUUGCCAUAGCCGGACAGGACCCCUCUCUGCAGCUGGACUGCAAGGGAGAGGGCACUGCUGAUCACUCAGUGCCAUCUGUUGGCAGCAACUCUCGCCGAUCACUCAAAAACAGACCUUCUGUGAACAACUCGGGAUGUCUUCAGGAGGGUUUGGAGGAGAACCUGUCCAGUCCAGAUGAAGUGUUUCACACAGGACACUCACGGAACUCCAGCUUUGCUAGCCAGCAGAGCAAAAUCUCAGGCUACAGCACAGAGUACUCUCGCUCAUCCAGCCCAGCGGAUCUCUCCCAGCACAGGCGCAACACCUCGACCAGCAGCAGCAGCACAUCAGGUGGGACGGUUACAGCUACUGAGAGCUCUGUAGAGCCUGAGAAAGAGCUGGUAAAACCAGAGAGACGCCCACGUCCCCCCCGCCCUGCUCUGCCCCCGAACAGACCCGCAAGGAGAAAACAGGACUCUGUGGAGAGCCAUCCCUCUUGGGUGGAUGACACUCGUAUUGAUGCCGAUGAUAUUGUGGAGAAGAUUGUCCAGAGUCAGAACUUUGCUGAUGUCAGCAACAAUGAAGACAGCAAUUUAACACUGUUCAUUAGUAGGGAUGGCACCACAGCGUUAAGUGGUAUCCAGCUGGUCAACAGGGUGUCUGCGGGUGUGUUUGAACCAGUGGUGAUUGAGAGCCAUUAGAUCUCUGGAGGCACAGCAGUCACUCUUUCUCUCUCACGUACAGGCACUGCCAAUUCUUAUUUUAAAAUGAUAACAAGAGCAAGACAGGAAGUGUAAUUCAGAAUGGGCAUCUGAAUUAACAUCUUGCUUCUCUUUAGGUUUUGAUUUGAUUUUUCUUUCUUAUUUCAACUGAAUUUAAAUCGGUGUACUCACAUAUUACAACAUUAUCACCCUUAUUAUGUAGAAAAUAGAGGUGGGUACUUUUAUACUGUUGAUACAGUUGCUCUAAUUAAGAAUAAAUAUUCAUUAAUGUUUUACUGCGGAAUAUAAACUACUUGAAAUGCCUUAAGAAGUGAGGCGUGAGGGAGCUUCAGUCUAACACUGUGAAAUAUGAAUUUGAGGGCAGUCCCAAGGGUUUAGACUAAAAAUGCAACGUUUUAUUAAAAAUAGUCUUUCUGAUAUUAUUUAAUAAUUUGAAUGUAGAAUGUUUUAUUUUUAUUUCUUUACAUUGUAUUUCACGCCUGUAUUUUAUGCUCAGUUAAGGUUACUAACAACUCGAAUCUAUUUGCCUUGUACACUUUGUAAAACUGAUGCAGUUUAGUCAACUCUACUUUGUAGCCAGCCCAUUAGCCUGUUUUAAACAUUGAAAAAUAUGCCUGAAGUCAUAUAUGGCUGGCCAUACAAACAUGUCAGGCUAGGAAAAAUUAUUUUGGCCAUUCCCCCAUACUGACCCGUUUUAAGUAUCCUAAAUGUCUGGGCCGGGCAAUAGUUUGCUUGCAUGUUCCAGCUGGACUGGUGAACAUGACAUUAAUAUACAGGCCACUUUCUUUUUCUUACUCAUUCUUUUUCUUUCAUUUUCUCCCUACUAUUUUACAAUACCCCAUCUGUGUCUCUGUCUCCCUUUUUAUCUCUCUGUUACACUGUUUAAAUUACUAUGCUGCUGGUUUCAGCUGUGAAUGUUCAUGUGACUAUGACAGCACUGUAUUGUCACUAUUAGCAUACAGCUGGAUGCAGCUGAAUGCAUGACAGUACAGUAAAGUCAUUUAUACGGUAUUCUCUUGUUAGGGUCUUGUCAGUAUCACAAUAAUCAUAUUUACAGCCCAGAAAUACACUUUAAGACAUUGCGCCGCUAAUAGCUAAGUGGCACAGAGAAAGAGCAAAAGACUAUUUUAUCUAGAUGUCUUUUGUAUAUGUUACAGGGCAAAGCUCUAAAGAGGAAUUGUUUGUAGGGUUAGAUCAGAGACAGUGACUCGUAGUCACAAGAUAACCGACUCUGUAUUUCUGGCCAGCACCUGGUGUGCACUGGGAUACAGCUGGGUUUUCCAUUCUGUGUUUCUGUAUCAUGUCCAUUGUGUUAAUUUUUUGUUAUCUAGUUAGCUAGUCAUGAUCAUUGUUGAGAAGAAUCUUUCUCAGUUGAUCUGAGAGAAUUCAGCAGAUUUCCAAACUGACGUUGUGAGUUCUGUACUCAUUUCACACACAUUUUGUUUUGUCAGUAUAGAAAAGUGCAAUGUAGGCCUGUUAUUGUUAUUUUGUCCAUUUUAAUGAAUACUUUAAGGGAAAUUUGCCCUAAAAUGUUUUUAUUCUUUUCAGUGACUUAAAAUGGCAUGCAUAAACUGAAUCACUGUUCACUAUUGUAAUAAAGAGGUGAGGCUGGUUACAUUUGUAAGUGUAGUAAAUCCAUAUUAAUGGACAUUUUGUUAUUCAUGCACCAUUUUAAAAUUGGAUUAACACUUCAUCUGAGUCUGUGGCAUGAGCCAGCUGCUUUUCUACAGGAUUACGAAAUAAUAUUUUAUUUUAGUACUCCUGGAAAUGUAAAAUAACACUAUUUUCGAAAGGGAGAAAUAAAUUACAGUUAUGCUCUCCUAUAAAGCCUAGUGUUUUGGAAGUUUCCGCUUAGCUAGUAUAAAGGGAUUCUCUGAAGACACUGAAAAAAUUAUCUAAUUGUUUUCAUUGUUUACUCUUUGCACCUCUGUAGUCUAUCCAAAAAAAGAAGCUAUUAGCAACUUGUACUAAUAAUAACUCUUUCCUGUCAUCCUGUAUUUUUGAACCAGCAGGCUGGUUCAUUGGAACCUUUACUAUUUCUGGAGGGAUUUUUUCAACCUUGUUGUUAAAUAAUUCUAUAAUGUCUAACAUUGAGAUGGCAUGAAAAAAUGUUCAUCUAUGAUUCUUAUUGUCGUUCUCUACUCACUCUUAAAAUUAUUUUUUUGUUGUUGUAACAAUUGACUGUAAUCUGUGAUCUUUUUAAUGCAGAGGAGUAGAUGUAUACUUGGUUUAAGAUGCUGUUGCAGGAAGCUGAUUGUAGUCUAUGUAUAAAAAAACAACAACAUUGUUUUGGAAGCAAGAGGGACUAUCAUUCCCCUAUCAUUUAGAGUUAUAUGUACAUUUCAGUAAUCUGGAGCUUUACUUUUAUAUUAUUUUAUUUAAAAGUGUUAUAUUGUUCAGUCCACAAACAUUGACAUUUUUGAAGUGGAAUCCGAAAUUAAGCAAAAGAACAUUUUGAUUUUUAAGCAAAAUAGAUUUGAAAUAUUUAGCAAAAAAUUCUAAAAAUCUUUAGGAAUAAUUGCACUGAGUAGCACAGAAAUACUGAAAAACAGAAAGCUCCAGAAUACUGAAACCUUAGAUUAUACACACACACACACAUACAUAUAUAUAUAUAUAUGUAUAUAUAUAUUCACUACAACAGCACUUAAAUACUGAAAAGUAACUAAUUUCACUUACACAUUCUUCAGAGUGGUGAUCGUUGUUUGUCCUUUACCAUUGUAAAAGAUGCAAGCUAUGCACUUGAGUCUUACAGAAUGCUUUCAGCAUCCAUAUUAAUUACAACAAAAGAAACAAUAUUCUCUUGAUUUCUUUAAAAAUGCAUAACAUAUAUAAAUUAAUUUACCACUAAAGUACUAUGGAAAUGAAUUUAUUUUUCUGAAAUGGUGAAAUAUAUUUAUAUUUUAAGAUCACACAUAAGCAAUGUCAUAUUGCUUCAAAGUUUUCUUGGUCUAAUGUUUGGUUCAGUGCAUGAGAGGAAUUCUGUCUUUCGAUGGACCUAAAUUAUAUUUCUACACUUGUAUGUGAAUGUUUCUUUCUUUAAAGUAACUGUCAGGUGUAUAUGUUAUUUUGGGGAAAUAAAGAUAAUGUU